UGGGCGGGGCUGGGCGGAGCCUAGACGGCGGGAGCCGCGGCGCGGGGCUGGCGCCUUCCGAGCGGCGUGCGACACUGUGGGGUCCCAGGGGCCGGCCGCGCGCAGACCGUCGACACUCGGACAAACAUGGUGUGUUCCCCGGGAGAGGGGAGCGGGGCCACUCCCGCGGACGGAUCCCGCAAGGAACCCGGAGCCCCCACCCCGCCGGGAAGGAGGCGGGGGCGGUCAGGCCGCACUGUCUCUUUAAGAUGGUGUUCCUGCUAACACCGACGGGCUCCUGGAGAAGGCGGUGAGACUAAGCAAGGCCAAGUUCCAAAGGGAGGAGAAUCCCCCCCCACCCCCCGCCUUCAGCGCCCACACGGCAUAGUCCUUCAUCAUCUCGGGCUCUGGGGAAUAUGCACUGGAGAGCAGAUGAGUCCCGAAGAUCACCACUGACUCCCACCCUCCUACUUCUCCAGAUGCAGAGGCCUCCAUGGCUGUGAUAAGCCUUCUGUUCUUGGCAGUCAUGUAUGUUGUUCACCACCCCUUGAUGGUCAGUGACCGGAUGGACCUGGACACACUAGCCAGAAGCCGGCAGCUGGAGAAGCGGAUGAGCGAGGAGAUGCGCCAGUUAGAGAUAGAGUUUGAAGAGAGAAAGCGAGCAGCUGAGCAGAAGCAGAAGGCAGAGAACUUCUGGAGAGGAGACACAUCCAGUGACCAGUUAGUGUUGGGGAAGAAAGACAUGGGGUGGCCGUUCCAGGCUGAUGGCCAGGAGGGGCCGCUGAGCUGGAUGCUGGGAAACCUGUGGAAUGCUGGCCUCUGUUGCCUUUUUCUCAUCUUCGAGCUUCUGCGACAGAACAUGCAGCACGAGCCGGCCUUUGAUUCCAGCAGUGAUGAGGAGGAGGAAGUCCGUGUUGUGCCUGUCACCUCCUACAACUGGCUUACGGACUUCCCCUCAAAGGAGGCCCUGGAAUCCUUUUACAAACUCCAUGUCCAGAAUGUCAUCCGUGACCUGCCCUGCACCUGCGAGUUUGUGGAGAGCUUUGUGGACGAUCUCAUUGAGGCCUGUCGGGUGCUCAGCCGCCGGGAGGCUCACCCACAGUUGGAGGACUGCCUGGGCAUUGGGGCUGCCUUCGAGAAAUGGGGAACCCUACACGAGACCCAGAAAUUUGAUGUCCUGGUGCCCAUUGUCCCCCCUCAGGGCACUAUGUUUGUGCUGGAGAUGAGGGAUCCAGCCCUAGGCCGCCGCUGUGGUUGUGUGCAGGUGGAGUCGGAAUGCGUUUGCAAGCGUGAGAAGCUUCUGGGGGAUGUGCUGUGCCUGGUGCACCACCACAGGGACCACUUGGCCCUCGUGGGCAAGAGUAGCAGCUCCAUCAAGGCGGCUCUCUGCACCGGCUCUCACCUGGAUGUGUGUAAGAUGGUGCAGUGGUUCCGGAACAUGGUGGGCAAUGCCUGGGCCCUCGUGGCCCACAAGUAUGACUUUAAGCUCAGCCUCCCACCAUCCACCACCACCUGCAAACUCAGGCUGGACUACCGCUCAGGCCGCUUUCUCUCAAUCCGCUUGGUCCUGGGGGUGCAACGGGAAGACACCUUGGUCUACCUGGUGAGUCAGGCCCCUGGCCAGGAACAGCUCACCAGUGUGGACUGGCCAGAGUCCUUUGCAGCCUGUGAGCACUUGUUCCUAAAGCUAGUAGGGCGUUUUGCUCCGGAGAACACCUGUCACCUCAAGUGCCUCCAGAUCAUUUUAAGUCUCCGGGACCUUCAGAGUUUACCCCAGGGAGCAUCCCGUCCCAUCCUUACCUCUUACCACUUCAAAACAGCCCUCAUGCACCUGUUGCUACGGCUGCCCCUAACGGACUGGCAGCACAACAUGCUUUCCCAGCGGCUCCAGGACAUCCUCUGGUUCUUGGGCCGUGGCCUCCAGCAAAGAUCCCUCCAUCACUUCCUCAUUGGUAACUCCUUUCUGCCCCUGACCAUCCCGAUCCCUAAGACAUUUCGGAAUGCUGAGCCUGUCAAUCUCUUUCAGCACCUGGUGCUAAACCCCUUGGCACAUUCACAGGCAGUGGAAGAGUUCCACAACCUUCUGACCCGGGUGAAAACUCUGCCCGGUGCCGCACUGGCUGGGGCACAUUAAUGUAAAGGCUAUUAAAAAAAGGGGAGAAGGUAUUUCUGAUCCCUCAGGCUGCAAAAGAGUUUAUUUUUCAGAUACAUCAGUGGGAUAUGUGACCUUCACCUCGCGAAUAGGGGCUGUGAUAAAUUAAGACACUUUACAGAGUGCGUGAAGUGGUGAUGAGGAUGGGGUCCAGCCUGCAGGGCCUAAUCUAGGGUGGGUCUUCUGAGGUUUUCUUCUCCUCACUUAACUUUCAUCAUGACCCAAAGAGGGCCUAGGGAAACGGAUGUUAUGGGAGGAUCUUGCUGCUACAGAGUUGAGAUCCAGAGGGGGCCUGUGAAGUUGUGUUUUGUAUCAACACUGGAAGCAAAAGAGAACCAGAGAAUACCUCCGUUCUAGCUUAUUCAUUUUUGUGAAUGACUCCCAACACAUUCCUUGUAAACUGGUUUCCCUGUUGAACUGUUAGCUUAAUUCACAUCCAAGCUGAUAGCAUUCCAUUUUAUCCCAAAUACUGUGACGGCAACUUCUCAUAUUUUAGGAUCUACUUUUUCAGAACUUCAUUAUCUGAAAAUAUAACCAAGAUGUUUAUAUUCCAUUUUCUUAAUUUAGCCCUAUUUUCAUAUGACAAUAUAACUUUUCAUGUGUCUGAAAAAAAUUCCAAUACUAUCCAAAUAAUUUAUUAGCAUUGAUUGACAAACAAACAUUGUCAAUGGUGACUUGUCCCAGAAUUGAGAUAAUGUAUUUACUAAAAUUAAAGAGCCAAAAUCUGAUGAGCUUCUCAGUGCCUGGAAGCAACAUUAUAAAACC